AUGAGGAGACUGAGUUUGUGGUGGCUGCUGAGCAGGGUCUGUCUGCUGCUGCCGCCGCCCUGCGCACUGGUGCUGGCCGGGGUGCCCAGCUCCUCCUCGCACCCGCAACCCUGCCAGAUCCUCAAGCGCAUCGGACACGCGGUGAGGGUGGGCGCGGUGCACUUGCAACCCUGGACCACGGCCCCACGCGCACCCAGUCGCGCUCAGGACGGCGGCAGGGCGGGUGUCCAGAGGGAUGAGCCAGAGUCGGGGACGUGGCGGCCACCGGCGCCCUCGCAAGGUGCACGUUGGUUGGGGAGCGCCCUGCAUGGCCGGGGUCCACCGGGCUCCCGAAAGCUCGGGGAGGGCGCCGGGGCCGAGACCCUGUGGCCGCGGGAUGCCCUGCUGUUCGCUGUGGAAAACCUGAACCGUGUGGAAGGGCUCCUACCCUACAACCUGUCUUUGGAAGUAGUGAUGGCCAUCGAGGCGGGCCUGGGAGAUCUGCCGCUUAUGCCCUUCUCUUCCCCAAGCUCGCCGUGGAGCAGUGACCCUUUCUCCUUUCUGCAGAGCGUGUGCCACACCGUCGUGGUACAAGGGGUUUCGGCGCUGCUGGCCUUCCCCCAGAGCCAGGGCGAAAUGAUGGAACUGGACUUGGUCAGCUCUGUCCUGCACAUCCCAGUGCUCAGCAUAGUGCGCCACGAGUUUCCGCGGGAGAGUCAGAAUCCCCUGCACCUACAGCUGAGUUUAGAAACUUCACUAAGUUCUGAUGCUGAUGUCACUGUCUCAAUCCUGACCAUGAACAACUGGUACAAUUUUAGCUUGUUGCUAUGCCAGGAAGACUGGAAUAUCACCGACUUCCUCCUCCUUACGGAGAAUAACUCCAAGUUCCACCUCGAGUCUAUCAUCAACAUCACUGCUAACCUUUCCUCCACAAAGGACCUUCUAAGUUUCCUGCAGGUCCAGCUGGAAAACAUUAAGAACAGCACACCCACGAUGGUGAUGUUUGGCUGUGACAUGGGGAGUAUCCGGCAGAUAUUUGAAAUGUCUACACAGUUUGGGCUAUCAUCUCCUGAACUUCACUGGGUUUUAGGAGACUCACAGAAUGUGGAGGAACUGAGGACAGAAGGCCUGCCCUUAGGGCUCAUUGCUCAUGGAAAAACCACACAGUCUGUCUUUGAGUACUAUGUUCAGGAUGCCAUGGAGUUGGUUGCAAGAGCUGUAGCCACAGCCACCAUGAUCCAGCCAGAGCUUGCUCUCCUUCCCAGCACAAUGAACUGCAUGGAUGUGAAAACCACAAAUCUCACUUCGGGACAAUAUUUGUCAAGGUUUUUAGCCAACACCACUUUCAGAGGUCUCAGUGGUUCCAUCAAAGUAAAGGGAUCCACCAUCAUCAGCUCAGAGAACAACUUUUUCAUCUGGAACUUGCAGCAUGACCCUAUGGGAAAGCCAAUGUGGACUCGCUUGGGCAGCUGGCAAGGAGGAAGGAUUGUCAUGGACUCUGGAAUAUGGCCAGAGCAAGCCCAAAGGCACAAAACUCACUUCCAGCACCUAAACAAGCUACACUUGAGAGUGGUGACAUUGAUUGAACACCCAUUUGUUUUCACGAGAGAAGUAGAUGACGAAGGCUUAUGCCCUGCUGGACAACUCUGUCUAGACCCUAUGACAAAUGACUCUUCUAUACUGGACAGCCUAUUUAGCAGCCUGCAUAGCAGUAAUGAUACAGUACCAAUCAAGUUCAAGAAGUGCUGCUAUGGGUAUUGUAUUGAUCUGCUGGAACAGCUAGCAGAAGACAUGAACUUUGACUUUGACCUCUAUAUUGUGGGAGAUGGAAAGUAUGGAGCUUGGAAAAAUGGUCACUGGACUGGGCUGGUUGGUGAUCUCCUGAGUGGAAUGGCCAACAUGGCGGUCACUUCUUUCAGCAUCAAUACCGCACGAAGCCAGGUGAUAGAUUUCACCAGCCCUUUCUUCUCAACCAGUUUGGGCAUCUUAGUGAGGACUCGAGACACAGCAGCUCCAAUUGGAGCCUUCAUGUGGCCACUCCAUUGGACCAUGUGGCUGGGGAUUUUCGUGGCUCUACAUAUCACUGCCAUCUUUCUCACUUUGUAUGAGUGGAAGAGCCCCUUUGGUAUGACUCCUAAAGGGAGGAACAGAAACAAAGUCUUCUCCUUCUCCUCAGCUUUGAAUGUUUGCUACGCCCUCCUGUUUGGCAGAACAGCAGCCAUCAAACCACCAAAAUGCUGGACUGGAAGGUUUCUGAUGAACCUUUGGGCCAUUUUCUGUAUGUUUUGCCUUUCUACAUACACAGCAAACUUGGCUGCUGUCAUGGUAGGUGAGAAGAUCUAUGAAGAGCUUUCUGGAAUCCAUGACCCUAAGCUUCAUCAUCCUUCUCAAGGCUUUCGUUUUGGAACUGUCCGGGAAAGCAGUGCUGAAGACUAUGUGCGGCAGAGCUUCCCAGAGAUGCACGAAUACAUGAGAAGGUACAACGUACCAGCCACCCCUGAUGGAGUGCAGUACCUGAAGAAUGAUCCAGAGAAACUAGACGCCUUCAUCAUGGACAAAGCCCUUCUGGAUUAUGAAGUGUCAAUAGAUGCUGACUGCAAGCUUCUGACAGUAGGAAAGCCAUUUGCCAUCGAAGGAUACGGCAUCGGUCUCCCUCCCAACUCUCCACUGACCUCUAAUAUAUCUGAACUCAUCAGUCAGUACAAGUCUCACGGGUUUAUGGAUGUGCUUCACGACAAGUGGUACAAGGUGGUUCCCUGCGGCAAGAGAAGCUUUGCUGUCACUGAGACUUUGCAAAUGGGCAUCAAGCAUUUCUCUGGACUCUUCGUGUUGCUGUGCAUAGGAUUUGGUCUCUCCAUCUUGACAACCAUUGGUGAACACAUAGUGUACAGGCUGCUGCUACCACGAAUCAAAAACAAAUCCAAACUGCAGUACUGGCUGCACACCAGUCAGAGGUUUCACAGAGCAUUAAACACAUCAUUUGUAGAAGAAAAGCAGCCACGUUCCAAGACAAAACGUGCGGAAAAGAGGUCCAACAUGGGACCCCAGCAGCUCAUGGUAUGGAAUACUUCCAAUCUGAGUCAUGACAACCAACGAAAAUACAUCUUUAACGACGAGGAAGGACAAAACCAGCUGGGUACCCAGACCCACCAGGACAUCCCUCUCCCUCCAAGGAGAAGAGAGCUCCCUGCCUCACUGACCACCAAUGGGAAAGCAGACUCCCUCAAUGUAACUCGGAACUCGGUGAUGCAGGAACUCUCUGAGCUGGAGAAACAGAUCCAAGUGAUCCGACAGGAACUGCAGUUGGCUGUAAGCAGGAAGACAGAGCUGGAGGAGUAUCAAAGGACAAACCGGACUUGUGAACCCUAG